AUGGCAUCUAAUAAAUCUAUCCUGAUUUCAUUCGUGCUCUUCUUUUCUAUCUUUUCGCCACAUGUUUUAACAGUUCCCUUAUCCCCAGAAACUCAAAAAGAACCUGACUCUAAUGCUCUACCACCUUCAGAUGUUACUGAAAUUAAGUUUGAAGACCUUCCCAGCUCUGGUGAACUUUAUAAACUCGAAAGUCAACUCCCUGAUGAAACUGGUUCAGAAAAAACAACCGCAAUUGGUUCUCAACCAGAUUCAAAUUACCCUUCUACUGAAUCUAGUGAAAGUCCCACAACUCCUCAGGCUAAUGAACCCGGAGAAAAUGCCAUUGAUCCUUCCGAUCCUAAAUUGAAUCCUGAAGAUACUAAUUCCGAUGAUUCCGCUCAUUCAGAUAACCCUACUAAUAAUCGACGAUCUAUAAUUCAAAGUUCAGAUGCAACAAUCGUUCAUAGUCCGGUUCAAAUUAGUGGUAGUGUUUAUUUAUUAGAAUCUCCUAUAGUUUAUAAACAUAAAAAAGUCGUAGCCCAUGUAGUUCAUAGUA